AUGGAAGACAGAUUGCAAAUUAAGGGACAAGCUUUAAAAAAAGAAAAAAUGGACGAAUUACUAGAAGAUACAUUUCCUCCUCUCCCAAAAGUAAGAGAAAAAGACAAAAUAAGGGUCGGAUCACUUAUUAAACGAAGAUAUUCAGGUCGUGUUGGGCCAACAAUUUUAAAUCGUGACGGAGAUAAUGUGGAUGGCUUUUCAGGUAGUUUACGGGGUACUGGGAAGUAUGGAAAUGAUUAUCAACAGCCAUCUCAUGAAUUUUCUCUUUCUAAUUUUACAUCGCAAAACUUUAGUGCGGAAGAAUAUGUAAACAAUAACUUUCAAAAUGCAACAGAAGAUGAAAUUUCAAAAUUUUAUAAUCAAUUGGUUCAAUCUUAUGAAACUAUUUCAUCGGAUCUUCAACAGAAUAUUUUUGAUAAUUAUUUGAAGUUCGUUUCAAUUUCGAAAGAAAUAUCAAACAUGAGCAGUGAUAUGUCUACUAUUAGAGAUCAUCUUAACUCUUUAUGUGAUGCUAUUGAAUUAUUAAAAGAUGACAUAAAUUCUUUAUCUCAAGAUUCAUUAUCUUUGGAAAAAAAUAAAUGGAAAAGUUAUAAAAAUUCUAUUUCAGAUCUAAGGAAUAUAUGGGAAGAUCAAAUUAAGGAUCUUCUUGAAAAUGUUGAGGGUGCACAAAAAUUUUUGCCCACGGCUUAUGGAAGACAUAUAGUUUAUGAAAGUAGUGAUUGGAAAGAGUUAAAAUGUACAUCAUGGAAACCAAAAUCUAAGACUCGCUUGAUUUUACUUAAUGAUAAUUUGUUAAUUGUCAGAAUUUCUCCUAAAUAUCAAAUUUCUCAAAAUUCUGCUCAAAAAACUGGAAAAGUAAAAUAUAUCGCAGAAAAUUGCUUUCCUUUAACUGAAAUUCAAAUAAUCGACUUAGAACCUAAUGAAGCAUAUUUAAAAGAACGUAAUAUCACUGGAACUAUAAUUAUUCAGAAGGAAAAACAAAACUUUAUUUUCAAAACUGAUAAAAUUGAAGAAAAAAAUAAACUGCUUCAGGCAUUUGAAAAAGAGUAUCAUACAUUAACAAAAAUACAGAGGGGAGAGAUAGAGGCUAUGAGAAAAGCUAGAGAGUCUAUAUAUUUUUUAAACACUAAAGAUUCAUCUAUAACGGCUCAAACUCUACUUAAUCGAUUAUACCUUAAUAAUUCAGAAACUAUUUCACCUAAUAAUGGCGAAAUUAAAGAUUUUCAAUGGGUUCAGGAUAAAAUAGAAGAAUUAGAUAUAAUGAUUGCGCAUAGAUUACUUGAAGAUGCAACAAAAAGUAUUGAAAAAGAUAUCAGAAUAACUGUCGAAAAUCUUAAAGAAUCUAUUACAACAGAAUUAAUUAUUUUAAAACUUGAAAAUCGUUCCUCAAAAUUAGCAGAUAUAAUAUGUGAUGAAUUAGAUAAGAUGUCAUCAUAUAAAAAUAUUGUAAAAAAAAAUGUACAUUAUUUAUUAAGACUUGGAUAUGAAAAUCGUGCAAAAAAAUCAUUUUUAGCAUCCAGAUCAAAUUUAAUUAAACGAAGAACAAGGCAAUUAUAUUUUAAAGAAAAUAUUGUUUCAUAUAUAUCUGAUUUAGCACUAAUUCACUUUGUUUUAAUACACAAUACAGCAGAGAUGUAUAUAUCCGCUUUCCAAAAACCCUCAUUGACAUCUAGUCUUAUAACAUGGAUAAAAUCUCAAAUUGAAAACUUUUUAGAACUCUUUUCAAAACAAAUAUGCUUUAUUAGUUUCAAUUCAGAUAUUUAUUCUAAUAGCAUGAAGAUAAUUAAAGAACAGUGUAAAAUACUAAAUAAUUUGGGAAUUGAUAUGAGUUUUUUAUUUAAAAAUUUUGAAGAUAAUUUCAAAAAAAAAACAGAAAGUCCUAAUUCCUAA